CGGAGGAAGAAGAGGAGGACCCACGGGCGCCGCCGGGCCGGAAGGCAGCUUGGCACAGGCCCAGGCCGAGCGAGCACCCGCGUUCAUGUUCCGCCAGGAGCAGCCGCUGGCCGAGGGCAGCUUCGCGCCCAUGGGCUCCCUGCAGCCGGACGCGGGCAACGCGAGCUGGAACGGGAGCGAAGCGCCGGGGGGCGGCGCCCGGGCCACCCCGUACUCGCUGCAGGUGACGCUGACGCUGGUGUGCCUGGCCGGCCUGCUCAUGCUGCUCACCGUGUUCGGCAACGUGCUGGUCAUCAUCGCCGUGUUCACCAGCCGCGCGCUCAAGGCGCCCCAGAACCUCUUCCUGGUGUCGCUGGCCUCGGCCGACAUCCUGGUGGCCACGCUCGUCAUCCCCUUCUCGCUGGCCAACGAGGUCAUGGGCUACUGGUACUUCGGCCGGGCGUGGUGCGAGAUCUACCUGGCGCUCGACGUGCUCUUCUGCACCUCGUCCAUCGUGCACCUGUGCGCCAUCAGCCUGGACCGCUACUGGUCCAUCACGCAGGCCAUCGAGUACAACCUCAAGCGCACGCCGCGCCGCAUCAAGGCCAUCAUCGUCACCGUGUGGGUCAUCUCGGCCGUCAUCUCCUUCCCGCCGCUCAUCUCCAUCGAGAAGGGCGGCGGGGGCGGCGGCGGCGGCGGGGGCGGCGGGCAGGUGCCGGCCGAGCCGAGCUGCGAGAUCAACGACCAGAAGUGGUACGUCAUCUCGUCGUGCAUCGGCUCCUUCUUCGCGCCCUGCCUCAUCAUGAUCCUGGUGUACGUGCGCAUCUACCAGAUCGCCAAGCGCCGCACCCGCGUGCCGCCCAGCCGUCGGGGCCCGGACGCCGCCUCGGCCGCCGCCGCCGCCGCCGCGUCGCCCGGGCUGGCCGACCGCCGGCCCAACGGCCUGGGCCCCGAGCGCCGCGCCGGCCCGGGGGGCGCCGAGGCCGAGCCGCUGCCCACCCAGCUCAACGGCGCCCCGGGCGAGCCGCCGCCCGCCGACGCGCUGGACCUCGAGGAGAGCUCGUCGUCCGAGCACGCCGAGCGGCCCCCGGGCUCGCGCAGGCCGGAGCGCGGCGCCCGGGCCAGCAGCAAGGGCCAGGCCCGGGCGAGCCAGGGGAAGCCGGGGGACAGCGUGCCGCGGCGCGGAGGGCCGGGAGCCGCGGGGCCCGGGGCUCCGGCGGCCGAGGAGCGCGGCGGGGCGGCCAAGGCCUCGCGCUGGCGCGGGCGGCAGAACCGGGAGAAGCGCUUCACGUUCGUGCUGGCCGUGGUCAUCGGCGUGUUCGUGGUGUGCUGGUUCCCCUUCUUCUUCACCUACACGCUCACGGCCGUCGGCUGCUCCGUGCCGCGCACGCUCUUCAAGUUCUUCUUCUGGUUCGGCUACUGCAACAGCUCGCUCAACCCCGUCAUCUACACCAUCUUCAACCACGACUUUCGCCGCGCCUUCAAGAAGAUCCUGUGCCGCGGGGACAGGAAGCGGAUCGUGUGAGCGUGGCCCUCGGGGGCCCGGCGCGUGGCUGACUUGUCGCGCUCGCGCGGGGCCCGGCUCCCGG